AUGCCUGUACUGGCGGCGAGUCAACAGCCAAAGACUGAUGAGAAUGCGAACGAUCCUAUGUCUCAAGUGAAAGAUCCGGAGGUACCGCCAAUUGAUGAGAACAGUCAGCCCAAGCAGAAGAAAUCGCUGGCAUUUAAGCUCUCAUUCAUAGGCCUCGCAGCCAUCCUCUUCGUAUUCCAAAUUGAUGCGACAGCACUAGGCAUCGCCCUCCCAUCUAUAGCCAAUGAGCUCAAUGGCUCAAGUCUGGAGUCAUUCUGGGCGAAUUUGUCCUACACACUCUGCGGCCUAGUAAUGCAGCCAGUAUGGGCGAGUAUCUCCGAUGCAUUCGGUCGCAAACCGCCACUGUAUGCCUGCAUUGGCUUGUUCUUUGUCGGGUCAAUUGUGUUUGCUGUCGCGCAGAACAUGAAGACUAUCAUCGUCGGCCGAGUUCUCCAGGGCUUUGGCGGUGGUGGUAUUGAUGUCCUUGUCCAGGUCAUUCUCACUGAUAUGACGACCCUUGAGGAGCGUGCGACGUACCUUGGCUUGAUGGGUAUUCCGAAUGCAGUUGGCAAUAUUUUGGGACCAUCGGUCGGUGCGCUGUUCUCUACUUAUGCCACUUGGCGAUGGAUCGGGUGGGUGAAUCUUCCAAUUCUUGGAUUCGGUGCACCUUUGGUGUUCUUCUUCCUGAAGCUGAGAACCAUCAAAGUCGAUGCUAGUAACAUCGAGCGCCUCGACUGGAUCGGCAUGUGCUUAGUGGUUUCUGGCAUCACGAUAGUGGUGUUGCCUCUCAGUUGGGCAGGAUCUCUGUUUCCAUGGAGUUCAUGGCAGACUCUGGUCCCCAUGCUCUUAGGUGUCUUGGUGCUCGCCGUGUUCGUCUGGUACGAGUCCAAGCCCGCGAUGCCAAUCAUGCCUCAUCGUCUCUUCCACUCCAAGACUGCAAACAUGACAUUGAUCGGAGGAUUCAUUCAUGGUGCAAUCCUGGUCUCGUUGCUGCAGUACCUGCCAUUGAUCUACCAAGCAGUUUACCUAGAGACAGCCAUCAAAUCUGCUGUCUUCCUCCUACCCACAUCCAUUACCAGCGUUGUUAUCGCAGUGUUCUCCAUGAUGAUGGUACCCUUGUUUGGCGGAUACACUUGGCUCCUGCGACUUUCAUGGGCUUUGUUGAUCUUAGGAACUGGUAUCCUGGCUCUCUUCCAAGUGGGAUCUCCGUCAUCCAUGCUCUUCGGACUCCCAGUUAUCUGGGGAACGGGCGUUGCUUUACUCCGUCUUCAACUCCUUCCCAUGCAAGCCAGCGUUAAGAAAGUCGAAGACACGGGCGUCGCUAUCGGCCAAUUCUUCACUAUUCGCAUGUUCGGAGGCUUGAUCGGGUUGACCAUUGCAUCUGCCAUCUUCAACACCGUCUUUGCAAAGACCAUCGUGUCAAACUCGGUGCAAGUUGAUGGUACUCUAGCACCUCUCGCUGAUGCUUCGAGGGCUGUUUCCUUCAUCAAAGAGCUUCCUUCGCUGGAUGUUUCACGGGAUACACUUAAUGAAGUUCUGGGUGUAUAUCUCACCUCUUUCCAGACAAUCUUCUAUACCAUGACUGGAUUUGGUGUUGUUGGAUUGUUGACUUGCAUGUUUAUCGAUGAGAUUGACCUCAAAAGCCAAGAUCGUGGAAACCAGCAGUUCGAGGGCUAG